AUGGCUUUUAAAGACAGUAAUGUUGGUAGAAAAAAUUCAAAGGAUUUCCCUCAUAUUGAGACUUGUUUAGCUUCUAUGGAAUCUUUGACAAAGCCAAUGGUUCAGGAAGUGGUUCUUUCUGCAGAUAUGCAGUGCGAGGAGUGCCAGAAAAGGGUUAUUGACAUUAUUACAAAAAUGAAUGUAGAGACAGAGUCCGUCGAGGUGAAUGUGUUGGAAAAGAAAGUCGCCCUUGCAUUCAGAUUACCAACUGUGGCUAAAGGUGUCGCUAGGCAAAUUAUUCCCAUAAAAAAGAAUCCCCUCUCUAAAGUUUCCAUUAUCAGCCGUUUAUUUCGAUCUUCCUUUGAUUAA